GGAGGCCGCCCCGGGAGCGCGCGCGGGCGCCGGCGGUGCAGGGCGGGCCGCGGUCCCGGACCGGGACGGCCGUCCGCGGCGCGCGCGGACCCGAGAGCCCCCGCGCCGGGCCCCCGGAGCGCCGCCGCUAUGCACGACCCCAGGCGCGACUGGAGCCUGUCCUUCUCGGGCUGCGGCUUCCUGGGCUUCUACCACAUCGGGGUGACAAGCUGCCUGAGCGAGCGCGCCCCGCACCUCCUCCGCGACGCGCGCAUGUUUUUCGGCGCCUCGGCCGGGGCGCUGCACUGCGUCACUUUCCUCUCUGGGAUGCCCCUAGACAAGAUCGUGCAUGUGCUCAUGGGCCUCGUCUGUGCUGCCAGGAGACGGAACAUUGGCAUCUUCCACCCGUCCUUCCGUGCGACUAGCUACAUUCGAGAACAUCUCCACAGACACCUGCCAGCCAACAUCCACACGCUCGUCUCUGGCAGAAUGUGCGUCUCACUCACCAGAGUGUCUGAUGGGGAAAGUGUGCUGGUGUCUGAUUUUCAGUCCAAAGACGAAGUUGUGGAUGCCUUGGUUUGUUCCUCCUUCAUCCCUUUCUACUGUGGCCUAAUCCCUCCUUCCUUCAGAGGCGUGCGAUACGUGGAUGGAGGAAUAACUAACAACAUCCCCUUCUUUGAUUCCAAAACGACCAUCACCGUGUCCCCCUUCUUUGGGGAGUAUGAUAUCUGCCCUAAAGUCAAGUCCACAAACUUUCUUCACGUGGAAUUAACCAAGCUCAGUUUGCGCCUCUGCCCAGAGAAUGUCUACCUUCUAAUACGAGCGUUACUUCCUCCAGAUCUCAAGGUGCUUGGAGAGAUAUGCCUCCGCGGGUAUUUAGACGCCACCAGAUUCUUGGAAGAGAAUGGCAUCUGCAGCGGGCCUCGGCAGGGCCUGAGUUUAUCUCCAGAAGAGUGGGGCUUCCUCGUGCCCCCCUCGGAACACACGAGGCCGGGGUCUCCCCCGAGGGCGGCUGCCUGGGGGACGGAGAUGGAGGGAGAUGAGCUGCUGGACCACCUGCGUGUCAGCAUCCUGCCCUGGGACGAGAGCAUCCUGGAGACCCUGCCGCCCAGGCUCACCACAGCUCUGAGUGAAGCAAUUAAAAGCCGGCAGAGAUACAUGAGCAAGAUUUGCAACUCCUUGCCAGUUAAGAUCUUGUCCUUUGCGAUGCUGCCUUGUACGUUGCCCGUGGAAUCUGCCAUUGCUCUGGUCCAGAGACUGGUGACGUGGCUUCCAGAUAUUCCUGAGGACAUCCGGUGGCUACAGUGGAUCACCUCGCACGCGUGUUCUCAAGUGGUGAAGCAUCUCUUCCCCACGCGCCAGACCCCAGGUACCGGCAAGCAGCCAGCGGCCUUCCCCGGGGAACAUGAGGGCGUUUCUAGCCUCCUGGCUCCCUAGCGGACCUGCACACCUGUGGACGUCCAGUAGGGGCCAAGCCGCCCAGCAGCGUCACCCUCCUGUCCGGCCUGGCCUUUUGGGGCUGGGAUUGGGCAAGACCCCUACUUCCCUACCCUCCGAGGGCAGACGAGUUUCUGAGUCAUUUGAGGAGACAAGUUUAGGACGUCCUCUCAUAGAUGCUAGGCCUUUCUGAUCUUUGCAUGGGUACUUGCACGCUGGCGUCUAAUGCUCCAGUGUCUGUGACGCGUGGGGUCCUGCCUCUGUGCCGAAUUUACAGAUUGUUGAAACCAAAAGCGAUGUACUGCGUUUACAAAAAGCCAGGCUCAGGCUAAGCUACUUUAGGGUGUGUGUGUGGUGGUCGGGAGCAUAAGGAAGUCUGAUAUGUAAGUUCUUGUGUCUGUUAGCUCAUCUGGCUGGGAAAUGGCAACGGGAAGCCCGGUGGGGAGGGGCAUUGCCAACUCCGUCUUGUAGCCCUCCCAGUGCAGGGUUCCUCACACAGCCGGUGUCGUGACAGGUGGUGGGAGACUUGUGGCUGGGGGCUGGGCUGCCCGUUGUGCAGUCUUGGGGGCUGCAAGGAAGAGAAACGUGAUCCCAUCUCCCAUAGAGGAGGUGGUCAGUGGGGGGGGGGGGGGGCGUGGGGGGGCAGCCUUCUCCAGGGAGGGCGCUGCUGGUCAUGGCCAUUGAAAGGCGAUAACUGACUCAUGUUUUGGAACACUUUUUUGCCCUAGCCUAAAUAUGUGAUAAGAGUUUUGCAUAAAAUAUACAGGAAUCUUAUUAUGUGUUGCAUUAUAGGUUAUGUGAACCAGUGAGGUAUUAGCAAGCCUUAGGAAAAAUCCGGUGCACAGACGGGCAUCCCCGGCCCCCAGGCAGGAGCCCAGCACAACAGAAGGGGCUUGUGGUCCGUGCCCCUUUUUCCUCAAUGGCCCCUUCCCGGUUCUGUACUCCCAGAGCCUCGACAGAGACAAAGAGACAGGGACCUACCUGCUCCCCAAGUGUGGUUUGUCAGCAAGGACAGAGUAAUGUGACUCAAGGUGAAACGUGUUUUCAUUUAUGCAUUCGAGUGGAACAGAAAAGACACUGAUCGGCUCAAAAUCCUCAGCAUCGGCUCACAAAGCUGCAGCCGUCACCUAUGCUGUGUAAGCGUGUUGCAGCUGAAGAACCAGCAGGUUCAGACAGAGCACUUCCUUGCAAACACAUCCCCUUGAAAAGAGAAUGUGGUUCUAGGAACAGCCUCUGGGUGAGCCUUGAGCUGCCAUGAGACUGGGACCUCCCAGGCAGGCUCCUUGUGAACAUUCGGGGCCACCGCCCGGCGCACAGAACCCUGCUCUGUGGCUCCUUGCUGGGUCCUUGUGUCUCCAGGAUGUGGGCACCGAGGCUCCUGUUCCGAGAGUGCUUUGCCCCCUAAGUGAGGCAAGGGCUGGUGAGCGGUAGGUUCUCCCCGCCUCUUGAGCCCCAGAGCAAGGCACUGUCCCCCUUGCUGAGCUGGCCUGGGGGUAGGAGAGGCCGGGUCCACACCCACCUGGGCAAUUUGGAGCAUACCCUCACACCUUGCCCUGAGCCCCCGAUUCUCAAGUUUCCCCGAUCACCGCAACUGUUAACAGCUGGUAGAAUGACAUGCAACUUAUUUUCUUACUACUUUCUGAAAUGGUUCAACCUCCUGAAAAUGAACACGUGUUUUAUCAUUUUUAGAAAAUGUGUGCUAAGACAAAGAAGGAUAAUAUUCUUUUAGAAAUGGCCAAGGCUCCACUCACCACCUGUGCCUUAAAUGCCACCCACUCGCACCCCCCACAGGCCCUCACCUCUCCGGCACUGCUGAGGGUUCUUCUCAGCGCGGAAACACAUUCUGAAGUUCCUACCACCUUAGCAAACGAACCCCUUGCUCCUUAUAUGGUACAUUUGUGCUCUGGAAUUUUCCACUGUCAGGAAUCAUUACUGUGUAGUCUACUGACUGCCAGGGAGCCACAGUCUUUAUUUGGGGAACAGAUAAUGAAACUUGGUGCAGAGCAUGAACCUAGUCUUGGUUUAACCAUGACAACAGCAACAACAACAAAAGGUGUGCAUGUGGGUCUAUGGAGAAAAGACUGAAAGCACAUUCACCAGAAGCACUGAUGGUAGUGAUCAUUACGCUGUUAUCUGUAAUCGUAGUUUAUUUGCUGCACUUGUGUUUUGCAAAUUUCUAUGGUAAAUACCUAUCACUUCCACUGGAAAAGAUCUCCUAAUAAAUGUGACGUUGAAACGUU